UUUCCAGAAAACUAGCAGGGAAGAUUGACUUUAUGACAAUCAAACUCUCUUAAUGGAUCACCUUUACUUAAAUUAAAAUACAACAUUUCAUUUAUCAAUUGAAGAAUAUAUUGCUGUUACUUACAUCAAUAUAUUGAAUGCACUUUCAUGUAUUUUGCAGACGAAUAAAGGUCCGAGUGAGUGUUGAAAUGCAAUCAACAACAAAUCCCAUUCAUAGGAAGGAUUUAGUUAUUCGGCUAACUGAAGAUUCAGAUCCCCUUUUCCUGUAUAAUCUUGUUAUUUCUGAGGAAGAUUUUCAGAGUUUAAAACUCCAGCAAAGUCUUCUGGUAGAUUUUUCUGCUUUUCCUCAGAGAUUUAUAGAUCUUCUUCAGCACUGUAUCCAAGAACAAGAUAAAGAAAUCCCAAGGUUUUUGCUACAGCUGGUUUCUUCAGGAUCUAGUUUAGAUCAUACACCCUCAUUUCUAAAUGUGGUUGAGACAAAUCCAUUUAAACAUCUUACCCAUUUAUCACUAAAAUUCUUACCAGGAAAUGAUGCUGAAAUCAAGAAAUUUUUGGCAUCCUGCCUCAAAUCUUCUAAGGAAGCAAAGUUAUUGCUAGAACAAAAACUUAGCAGAACAGAGGAGGACCUUACAAGACAGCUGAAUUAUACACAGCAGGCCUUGUCAGAAAAGAGCAGAGAACUAGAUAAUUUAAAAAGCGAAUGGGCCUCCAAGAUAGCAUCAUUGAACAGCAAACACACUCAGGAAUUAUCAAAUGAGAAGGAAAAAACUCUGCAGGCACAAGCACAUUAUCAGCAACAGAAUGAGCAACAGAAAAGAGACUUGGAAAACUUGCAUCAGAAAACUGUCCAGCAACUGCAGAACAGGCUGAAGGAGCUGGAACUUGCUAACAAAGACUUAAUGGAAAGGAGAUACAAAGGCGAUUCCACAGUCAGGGAACUUAAAGCAAAAUUAUCAAGUGCAGAAGAUGAAUGCCAGAGAAUGAAGCAAGAAGUUCUAUCCUUACGUCGGGAGAAUACUACCUUAGAUGCUGAAUGCCAUGAAAAAGAGAAGCAAGUUAAUCAACUGCAGAUGCGAGUUGCUGUUUUGGAACAAGAGAUCAAAGAUAAGGACCAGCUUGUUGCUAGGACAAAAGAAGUAUUAGAAGCAACACAAGAGCAAAAGGCAAACCUGGAAGAAAAUGCAGAAAAGAAACAACUCCAGAUAGGAAAAAUGGAAACCUCACUGAAAGCUCUAUCAACUGAGUUCCUUAAGGCCAAUGAGAUAAUAAAGAAAUUGCAAGGAGAUGUAAAAACGCUAAUGAGUAAACUGAAAUUGAAAAACACAGUAACAGUUCAGCAAGAAAAGCUCUUGGCUGAAAAGGAAGAAAAACUACAGAAAGAACAAAAGGAUUUACAGGAACUGGAAAGUUCUCUUCGAGAAAAAGAACAAGAGAUAUGCAAAUUGCAGGAACAGUUAGAGGCUACAGUACAAAAACUGGAAGAAAGCAAACAACUUCUCAAAACAAAUGAAAAUGUCAUCACAUGGCUGAAUAAACAAUUGAACGAAAUUCAGCUGACAAGGAAGCAAGAAAUGCUAGGGACGUCUACUUCUAGCAACACUGUUUCAAGAACUGGCAGCUCUCCUCAUAGUAUGGCUGAUAAUAGGAUUACGUCUUUAAACUCCGGACUGAGCUAUCCCAUCUCCCCUUUGCUAGCUUUCCAAAGCUUCCCAGAAGCAGCUGCUGUCAAAAAUGCCAACCAACAGAUACCGGGAACAAAGCAGGUUCACUUCAAUGUCCAGCUCUCAGAAACAAACAGAUGUUCAGAUGCCCAGCCAGGGAUUUCUGGGCUGAUAGGUCAUUCAGCAAACAAAGAAAAUGGUGAAAAUGUGGGAUUGGAAACAAAGUAUUUAAAGAAAAGGGAAGAUAGCAUACCUUUAAGAGGGCUCAAUCAAAACACAACUCAAAACACAGGAUACAUGAAGUCCUCUGCACCAAAAAAAGUGCAGAUUCCAUGCAAGCCUGCAGCACCUUCUAAAACUUCUGCCUACUUUCCUGGAUAGCACGUUGUAAUUAAAGGUUUAUAACA